GCAAAAUGUCUGGACGAGGAAAGACCGGAGGCAAAGCCAGAGCAAAGGCAAAGACCCGCUCCUCCCGCGCCGGGCUCCAGUUCCCCGUCGGUCGUGUCCACAGACUCCUGCGUAAAGGAAACUACGCGGAGCGCGUCGGUGCCGGAGCCCCCGUGUACCUGGCGGCGGUGCUGGAGUACCUGACCGCUGAGAUCCUGGAGCUGGCCGGAAACGCCGCCCGCGACAACAAGAAGACCAGGAUCAUCCCCCGUCACCUGCAGCUGGCCGUCCGCAACGACGAGGAGCUCAACAAGCUGCUCGGCGGAGUCACCAUCGCUCAGGGCGGCGUGCUGCCCAACAUCCAGGCGGUCCUGCUGCCCAAGAAGACCGAGAAGCCCGCCAAGAAGUAAACAACAAACAAACACACAACGGCUCUUUUAAGAGCCACACAUCUCAAACUAAAGACACACUUCCUGCUCUGACUUAUAUUUCAUGAUUAAAUGGUUUAUCCAUCAGAUCCAUUUUACAGUUUACUCAAUUUAGCGAGGCUUUAUCAACCAUC